AUGAGAGUACUCCUCCUCGUUCUACUGUUGGCCCUGUGCGCGAACUGUGCGAUCGGCGACGAUUUUGGUCAGAGAAUAAAAAAAGUGUUCGGGAAGAUCAAAACAGCUCUGAACACCACAACUCUUCAAAGAGUUCAUGAGAAAUUCAAAAAGUUCGGAGAAAAACUCAAGGCGAAGUUAACUCUUUCUCCGGAACAAAAAGCACGACUGCAGGAGUUGUUGAAGAAAAUAGUUCCCAUCAAAAAGGAUCACGUUCAAAAGGAUGGUGAUUCAAUUGAAGAAAUCAAUACUAAGAAGAAAAUUGGAGAAUUUUUGUUCCAAAGCGACAUUGUUUUGACAGAAGAACAGGCCAACGAAAUCGUCGACGUCGACAACAGUGGCAACCGCACCAAGCGUCAGGCCUUCCGUGAUGGCAAUUAUCCCCGUACAAUAUGGUCAACUGGGGUAAACUUCUUCUUCGAUCCUAGUGCAGGUCCUGAUAUCCAAAGAAUCUUCAAGAAGGGCGCAGCACUCUGGCAGAAGGACACAUGCAUUGAUUUCCGAAUGGACAAUAGAGCUCCGAACCGGAUUCGAGUAUUCCGAGAAGACGGUUGUUGGUCUUUUGUUGGCAAUCUAAACCGUCAACAAGAUUUAUCUCUGGGAAAAGGAUGUGAAACGGUAGCAAUUGCUGCACACGAAAUCGGCCAUGCACUUGGUUUCUUCCACACGCAAUCGAGACACGAUCGGGACGACUUCAUUGUUUUCAAUCCGCAAAAUGUCAAGGUUAUAUUAGACCCGUUACCAAGCUCUUCGGUAAACGGUGGAAUCACAAUGAUGCCGAGAGACCCGAGAUACACAGAAACUCUCGGCUCGCCGUUUAUAUCUUUCUACGAACUGCUUAUGCUGAACGCACAUUACCGUUGCUUAGAAAGAUGUGACAAAGCCACUUCUGCAAAAUGUAUGAUGGGAGGUUUUCCUCACCCUCGAGACUGCUCCAGAUGCGUGUGUCCAAGUGGCUACGGAGGCCGGCUAUGCAACGAAAGGCCCCCUGGAUGUGGAGGUACGCUUGAGGCCAAACCCCAGUACCAAGUCCUUCUUGACGAGGUUGGCGAUACUAAGGCGGGAAAGCAAGCGAGAGAAGAUAUGACCACAUGCACAUAUUGGAUUAAGGCCCCAGUUGGGUCAAGGAUUGAAGUGAAAAUCGCGGAUCUUUCACGCGGUCUCGCUGUGGAUGGAUGCUCCUACUGGGGAGUGGAAAUUAAGACCCAUGCUGAUCAACGCCUCACUGGCUACAGAGGAUGUUGGGGUCACAUUGGUAUCAAAGUUCCACGUUGUUCCGAUAAUAACGUACAACAGAUUUUACGCAACUCAAGUCAAAUUACAGUACCGUAUCGAUGGGAGUGGGUUUAUCAACGCUGCUCAUCUAAUCGCUUUGCUGAUGACAUCUUACUGAUAACACCUAGCAUCGGCCAAGCGGAACGAAUGCUGACCGAAUUCGACGAAACAUGUGGAUGCAUCGGUCUUCAGCUGAAUCUACAAAAGACGAUGUUUAUGCGGAACGGAUGGGUCUCGGAUGCCCCAUUCACGCUCAACGGAACGAACAUAUCCGAAUGCACCAGCUACGUUUAUGUGGGUCGGGAGUUGAACAUGAUGAACGACUUGACCCCCGAGCUGGGCAGGAGGAGACGAGAGGCUUGGGGAGCGUACAAGAGCAUCGAGGAUGUAGUGAAGAAGACCAGGAACACCCGGCUCCGUGGUCACCUCUUCAACACCACCGUACUUCCUGCUUUGACCUAUUCUUCGGAAACCUGA